AUGGCACCACCACAAUCAUGGGCCUCCCUGGUCCUAGGCUUCAUCAUCCUCAUCUCCUCCUUGACAGUCGCCCUGCCCAUUCCAUCUUUAGCAAAAGACACCAAUUGCGACACCCUGAACCCUGAAACGGCAAGGGAGAUCCUAGCCCGAUCUCCAGUCCCUGACCCUAGAAUGAUCCCCAGCCAAACGGACCUCAUGGCAACGAUCUUCGCGGAGCUCAGCAUGCAGGAGCUGGGGAAGCUCAACAAGCUGCACCCAGUGGGGGGAAAUAAUGCCCCGACGACGGCAAUCGACGACAGUCGUAGUACGACGCAUACGGUCACGGGGCAGAAUAAUACAGUGCAUGAUGGGAAAGAGCAGGCACAGGAUGAGCAGGGGAAAGGGAAGGGGAAGGGGAAGGACACAACCGGGGAGGAUGCAGAUGCAGCGAAUGACCCUGAAGGGUUUGCGGACGCGCUAUUUGAGGCGCUGAAGAAGAAGUUCCGAGAAGCGAUCAAUGGGAGUGAUGAGGUUCCAUUGCUGUAG